GCGAACUUUCGUGCAGAAGAAGACAUUCUGCCAGGCCAGGGCCGGAUUUUCAUUCACUCGAAGCUCUUUGAUUACAAAGUCCGAAGCCGGUGUUUUGCUGCACAUUCACUGUCCAGCAGUCGCAAACGCUGCCCUUGGUCACACCUUUUCCUCUUCUUGGGUUCGCGAGUUCGCGACAAACCGCGAGCAGACAUCAAAAAAAUCACCCUGCUAGGACUACCAGCCUCCAAAUGGCCUCUCCAAAUGGCGUUCUGAGCCCGCCAGCGCAUUUGGAAUCCGCAUCCUCCUCCGGCAGCCUUUCAGCAAAGCGAAAGCGUGACGAUGCAAUUGACACCCAAAAUGGCGACCCCGAAUCCAGGAGCCUCGUUCCGUCAGGAAUAUCGAAGGAGGAUUCGCAGGCUCUCGUCCGCGAUCUGAUCGAUGUUCUGAAAAGUUACGAUACCACCCCUUCGAUUCUCAGACGCACGAUCCCUCUUCACCGCUCAUCAGGCUCGCCGCAGCCAAAGCGACAAAAAGCUGAGGAUGGCGAAGAAAUCGACAACGCUGAAACCAACAUCAUGACGCGGUAUGGAGCGAACGAAUACACAACCCUCGAAGAGGUUCUUCAGGACAUCGACACAGCAGUAUCGAGUAUCAUGGACAAAUUGCAGCUACCGAAUGGUGCUGCUCGAAACCAAUUUCGUCCUGCUCCACAGCAUGAAACUGAAUUGAUCAUCAAGGUCAAAAGUUUUAAGCAACGAGCUCAUGAGUUGGUCAGAAGAGAAAUUGUGGCUGCAGAGAAGAGAUCUCUAGGACUUAACGCUCGGUCCAAAUUUGCCAACCAUACGGCAAAUGGCAGUCUAGGCUCCGGAGCGUUUACACAGAUUAACGCAAGCGGCGAUGAGAACAAGAUCGUCCUCACUCUUUACGGCAACGCACCAGGCCCUAAGCAAUUGUUCUCGAGCCUUCAGAUACCUAGCAGAGUUCCGGGAGAGCAAAGAGAAAUUCUGCAGACCAUCCGCGAGGCUGGGCUCCCAAACGGCAUCAGUACAACGAAGAUCGUCCCAAUUAAUCCAACGAGCCUGACUGAUGACAAAAAGCGUGUGCCAACAUUAGGAGAAUUAUUUCCAACCCCGUCAAAUGUUCCUGCACUGCUCCCACCCAAACCAUCUAAAAUUGCAACGACACGAUCGUCCACCGUAGGUUGGUAUCAACCAGCAGCAGGAGAGUCUUUACCCAGAACCGCGAGCUACUUCAAGCAAUCAAUUUCCACAGGUCAUUGGCUGGACUACAGCAAUGCUUCUUCCUCGCAAGGCAACAAGAGAAAGCAACGCGAGAGAGCCCUAAGCCUGGGAGGCUCGAAGGCCCCGCAAGUGGAUCACGAGCCAGCCGAACCGGCAACAGCGAAACUUGACGCGCUCUUCCGGAGUGCAUACUCUAGUUUUGCUCCCACGAAGGAUGACUCGGCCGCUAUCGCCCCUACUGGUGUUCUGGAUCGCAUUUGGUGGCAGCAGAUGGGCGAGAAGAGUUUCGAGAGAGUGGUAGACAACUUCAACAAACUCGAGGAUGUUAUCGAUCCUCAACUUGUUGUCAGUGACAGCGUUGAGAAUGCGGAUGAGAUCAAGAAGUUUGAGGAACUUGCAGAAGAAAUGGAAAAGGACGCCAUAGACACAAGUCUAGUCCCUCUUGAAGCCAAAGACGAGAAGUCCGCGGAAGAGAAAGAUGUUGAAGAAAUUCUUGAGGGUAUUUCAGAACUAUUGGAGACCCUAAACUCAUAUCAGCGCAUCCGACAUAUGUCGUUGAAUUCGUCAAGCCGUCCAGCCGGGCUCCUGUCCGCACCCGACACAACUUCACUAGGAACCCCAACAAAGCCUAGUGAACCAGAACAGGCCACCUACGAGAUGCUCAAGUCACAAUUGACUUUGAUGAUUGCUUCACUGCCACCCUACGCUGUUGCAAAGUUGGACCCUGAUCGCCUGGCGGAUCUGAGUAUCAGCACCAAAAUGGAGGUCCACUUUACCGAUCAUAAGGGUGUUAUGGAGGAAGACGAGGCAUCUGCGAGAGCUAAAGUUGCUGCAAUGAGCGCGGCUUCCAGUACACGAGCUGCGCCGGCUGCGAACCUUCACCGUAGCAACUCAUCUCUGUACGGAAAUCAAUACGCCCCUUCCCGAUCUGGCCCUCCAGUUGCGAACAAUCAGUACUAUGGCUCCGCACAAACACCCGUCCGGACACCUUCGAACCCUAUGCAGCGACCACCGAAUACAACACCAGUUCCCUACCAACCCCAACGGCCAGCGGCUGGUGCUCCUUAUCGUCCCACGCAUUAUGGAACACCAAAUUAUCCGCACCAGGCAUCGAGACCUGCUCAGCAACCCUAUGCACCAGGCCAGCAACAGUACCUUCAAACGCCUUCAAACCCAUACAUGCGACCCUUGGGCCAAAACUAUCAACACAUCCCGCCAUCAGCUCCUCAAGCCGCAAUGAACGGUCGAUACCCAGGUCAGGCUGCGUACCCACAGCAAGGACCUCCCACGCCAAAUGCGAUCAACUACCCGUAUGGGCAGAAUUCGAAUAUCAACAUUGCUCGUCAAACUUCUCCCCAAAAGCCACUGUACAGCCCGCAGCCUUCGACUACACAGCCCCGCCCUUCAUACUCUAACCCGACCCCAGCUAAUUUGCAAGAACGCCGGCCAUUUGUCCAGAACGCCGUAGCCCAGAUAUCCCAAAGCCCCAUGAUGAAUGGAUCUGCGUCUCAAUCUCCGCAACCCUUUGCUCACCAAUCUACCGGGCUUACAAAUUACAGCACCUUCAUGACUGCCGAACAACAAGAGAGCAUGGUUGGGCGUCAGAGAGCGCAAUUGGCAGCACAACAAGCACAACUGGCUGCCCAGCAGGCGUCUCAGCAACAAGCCAGAAGUGCAGCUCAGGCCGCUAUGGGCUCUCCAUCGACCGCUCAAGUUAAUGGUGGCAAUCCUGUUGUUGCUGGUCUCUGAGUUGAUUUCAGCGAAUUGUUUUGAUAGACUGGAUAAUGUGGGUGGCUCACAGAUUUUCACAAUGUUUGGGAUCUCCAUGGGGAUGUCAUUGGCGUUUUAUUGAGCCGGGUCGGGAUGUCGUGGGGUCGCCGUUGACCAUGGCGUCGACAUUAUCAGAAUGGUAGUCCUCAGAUGCUCCAGCACGACUGGGGAAAUGUACCUGUAAAGUGUAGACCGUCAAUGCAAUUACAACUUAAUACUCAUAUCAAC